UUGACGUUCGAGCGCAUGCGCGAGAAAAAAAAUCUCCCGCCAUGCAGCGUUCGAUGUCAGGUCAAAGUUCACAAACAUGGAGCUGAGGUCAAACCGUAAAAACGCGUGGCCAAGAUUAUGACGACUUUCUCAACGAUUUGACGGCAGCUAGCUCGACUCCUGGCGGCAAAAAUUACCGAGAUGGGAAGAUGAUAGAGGCUAGAUGCACUCUGCGGUCGCUGUGAGUUUUCUGGGCAGGCGAUUGGUCGGGAGGCUGAUGGUACGAUGGGCCGGACCAAUCAGACGCGGGGGUGGCACGCGCGAAACAUCACCUCAUCCAGCUGGAGAUCAAACGUGCCGACACUUCAGCAGGAGGAAGAAGAACUUCAAGUCGCAGAUCUGGCAGCAACAGGGACCACAGGUAGACAUGGGGGACAGCAGUAAUAAGAAGUUAAAGAUGGCGAGUCACGACGCGGACAUCGAGAGGUUUGACCAGGCGUUCCAUCAGCUUGUGACGGAACUGAUCGACGAAGACGCGAAAAACCCGGAGAUCAGUGACGCCAUGGUCAGGUUCAGACAGGUGUUAGAGUACAACUGUCCAGGUGGGAAGAGGAACAGAGGUCUGAGUGUCAUCACGUCUUACAGGUAUCUCGUCAACAGUGAUCAGCUGACUGAAGAGAACAUUCACAGAGCCAUGGUGGUCGGCUGGUGUAUUGAAUGGCUACAGGCUUUCUUCCUGGUUCUGGAUGACAUCAUGGACCAGUCCCAGACCAGGAGAGGACAGCCCUGCUGGUACAGAGUCGAAGAGGUUGGGAAUAUGGCCAUUAACGACGCCUGCUACAUCGAGUCCUGCAUCUACAAACUGCUGCGGAGGUUCUGCCGAGACCAGCCGUACUACGUGGACCUGCUGGAGCUGUUCCAAGGGACGACGUACAAGACGAUAGUGGGUCAGUCUCUGGACCUGAUCACAUCCCCCGACGGGAAAGUCAACCUCAGUAACUUCACAGAGGAGAGGUACAAUGCAAUAGUGAAGUACAAGACUGCCUUUUACUCCUUCCACCUGCCAGUGGCGGCUGCUAUGUACAUGGCUGGUAUCACCAGUAAGGAGUCCCACGAAAAUGCCAAGACAAUUCUUCUAGAGAUGGGCCGCUUCUUCCAGAUACAGGAUGAUUACCUGGACUGUUACGGAGACCCGGCGGUGACAGGGAAGGUCGGUACCGAUGUGGAGGAGAACAAGUGCAGCUGGCUGGUUGUGCAGGCACUCAGGCUGGUCAACAACGGGCAGCUCACACUUCUGCAGGAAAACUAUGGUCAGAAUGACCCGACGAAGGUUGCAGCGGUGAAGCAGCUGUAUGGGGAGCUGUGCCUGCAGGACGAGUUCUGGAAGUUCGAGGAGAGCAGCUACACACAGCUCAUGACUCUCAUCAACUCCUCUCACCAGGAUCUGCCAAAGGAAAUGUUCGUCGCCUUCGCACAGAAGAUUUACAAGAGAAAGAAAUAACAGUCUCCUUAAAGAUUAAGAGAAAAAUGACAGAUUUUAGUGCAUGGGAUUCAGAGGAUGGGAUUCAGUCUAUAUUCAGUAGAUCAGUUACACUCAGCCGGUGAUGCUUGUCAAUUUUCUCUCAGCAAAACCUGCCUAAGGAAAUGUUCGUCGCCUUCGCACAGAAGAAUUACAAGAGACAGAAAUAACACUACUUAAAGAUUAAGAGAAAAAAUUAUGGCAUUUUAUUAGAUGGGAUUCAGUCUAUUUUCUAUAUUGAGCAGAGCAGUUACACUCAGCUGAUGCAACUAACUCUUCUCAACUUCUUACCCGAAGAAAUGUUUGUUGCGUUUGCUCAGAAGAAUUAUAUGCAACAGAAAUAAGUCUUAUUCUUGCUCCAUAAAGAUUCUGAGAAAAAUUUAUGACACAUUUUAUCGGAUGGGGUUGAUUCUAUGUUACCACUGCAAGGCCCAGACCUUUUGACAAGCUACACGCAAGAGCAAAGUAUGCUGUGAAAAAGGUGGCAAAAGACGCACAAAGUGAGGAAAGUAGAAAAGACUAGUAGCUGAUGGAAGUAGAUUUUCGGAUUCAACAACAACGACAUGACAGUCACUGUAUACUGGGUGUUGUAAAUGUAUUUAAGACAGCCUCCAGAAGUGAAGUCAGAAAGUAGAGAUCUUGAUAUUAAAAGCAACAUUCUGUAUUGAUGUAGAUGUCAUGGGUAAUUCAGCGUAACUUUGAUGUUAUGUAAUUAAGUUAUGAUUAUAACAGUUUUUAUCUGUAUGAACAGACAAGCCAGCAAGAUAAGUGUACAGUAUGUGUAUGUACAAAUGCUGUAUUGGGUGUCUGCAAAUUAUUCAAUGCAAAGCUAAUUAAAGGGAAUGAUAGAUA